AUGAUCAUUUCCACGUGGCUGAUGUAUAUCACGGCACGGAAAGGCAUCGGCGCUCCCUUCCUCUCUGCUGGCACCCCGGUUGAAGACGGGACCUCCAGGUUCUUCAGGUGGAUGCUGGCUGGCGCGGCGGCGCAGCGGGCAGAGUCUGCAUCGGCUCCUCCAGCAUGCCUGGCAGCGAGCAGGCUGGACCCACAGGUUGGGAUCCGUGGGCUGAGCGUGGCCGUGCCCCACGGAGGUGUCUGGGAGCUCGGCAAGGAUGAUGGGGCCGUCGUUGCGUGCCCGCUGGGACGGUCACUCAGCCACUCCUUCCUGGAGGACAGGACCACAAUCCAGCUCUUGAGGCGGAGCCAAACCCAGGUCUGCUGUGUGCUGAGCGUGUCAGAGGACGAGGUGGCACAGGAAGGGCUGGAGCAAAUGGAAAACCGCAUGUCCCGGCUGGUGCUCCAAGCCAAGCCGGACACCAAGCCGGACACCGAGCCGGACACCAAUGCCCAGGUCCUGCUUUCAAGCGAAGACUAG